AUGUCUUGCGUAGCAGAGCUCGACGCCAUCCUGCAGUCCAUGCUAGCCCUGAAGCCACCUGGGGUCACUGGGGGCAAGAUCUCGAGCAUCACCACUCUCUGCAAUGCAAACAUCCAAUCCGAAACCGUCCUCAUCCAACGCGUCUACACACACUUCAAAAAGGCUCCUGCAUCACAUAAGCUAGGCGUUCUCUAUGUUGUAGACUCUGUAACACGAGCAUGGGUAGAGCAGGCACGCAAGGCUGGGCAGACUUUUGGCCCAUCUGCACCAGAUGGUACUUUCGCUGCCGGUGUCAAUCGUGUUACUGAAUUGUUGCCUUCUUUCAUGACAGAUAUCCUCACCAACUGCCCUGAAGAACAAAAGGCUAGACUGUUGAAGCUCAUUGACAUUUGGGAACGUGGAAGUACUUUUCCGAGCAACAUGCUUGACGGCUUUAAGCAGAAGCUAGCAGCUCCCAUUCCCUACGAUCCUCGAUCAACGACGCCCGCUGGAACCCCCCCAAAGGAGUUCAUCCCCCUCAACGAAUCAAAUGGGAACAUCGCAACUGCUGGUGCUCCCCGAGCGGACACAUCGCAGAUUCUGAAGGCUCUCGCAGAUAUGGCUAAGACGAAUACUACUGCAGCGCCUGGAAUGCCUUCCCAGGCUAGUCCAAUCAAUGUACCAAACUUACAGAAUGCAUAUCAGCAGCACAUGAAUUCGUCCGUAAACCCAGCUGCUUCUGCACCGCAAUAUGUUCAGCCUGUAAAUGUACCAGGAGCCGCAAUCGGCGCAAACCCAUUUGCUGGAGUCAUGAGUAGUGCUUCGAACUUUGGUCUGAAUCAGGGUAUGCCCAGUGGGCAGACAAACGUGCACGCAAACCCAGUGAUGCCGCAAGGCACCACGCCUGAAGCUCUUCAGCAACAGGUCCAACUUAUUCAAAUGCUGCAAGCGCAAGGUGUCCCACAAGACCAAUGGGCCACUGUGCUUCAAGUUCUCAUGGCUGCUGGCACUGUUGGUGGUGGUGCUGCCAGCGCUCCAGCCCAACCCAGCUGGCAGCAAAAUGGAGGGAGGGAUGACUCAUCACGUGAUCGUAAUGGGUAUGAUAACUCGUACAAUAUGCGCUCCCCUUCCGGCCGAUAUAGAGGCCAUCGUUCGCGCUCCCGGUCACCAAGUGGCUAUAAUCGACGUCGCGAACCUACUCCACCUCGUCGGCGGGAUAGUCCUAGCUACGGCGACUAUGGUCGUGGCGGCAGGUCAGGCCGCCAAGAGAGAAACCGAAAUGAAUAUCGUCAAAGAAGCCCACCAGCUCCUUAUCGUAGGAGUGACAGUCCCGGACAGGAACAGGUGUUGCCACCCCCAGGACCGAGAAAUCUGCAGUACGACCAUUCGCUUCCCCCUAACCACAUCAAGGUCCUCAGUCGGACUCUGUUCGUCGGCGGUGUAACUUCCCCGGAAGAUGUUCUGCGGGGAAUAUUUCAGGGUUUCGGAAUAGUGCAGACAUGCAUCGUUAAUGUCGACAAGCGCCACGCCUUUGUCAAGAUGCUUUCUCGAAGCGACGCAAUGACUGCAAAAGAAGGAAUGGAGCGUUAUAAAUCAGCUGAGAUGCAGCUUCGAACUCGCUGGGGUGUCGGCUUCGGGCCCCGUGAUUGCAGCGACUACCAGACUGGUAUCAGCAUCAUUCCCAUCGACCGCCUCACCGAUGCAGAUCGCAAAUGGAUGUUAUCAGCAGAGUAUGGUGGUACAGGUGGCAAGUCCAUCGAGCCAGGGAUCGUCGUCGAAGAGCCGGAUAUUGAGAUCGGCGCUGGUGUCUCGUCCAAAGCAAUCAGCAGACGUAUGGCUACAGACAAAGGCGGUCAGCAAGGCCCGCGCUCUACUCGAGAUCCGCCGACCAAUUCGAACCCUCCACCCCAACAGCAACGCUACCGUCAGCCAGAGCGCAACGACAACCAUGACAACAAUACCAUCGGCGUUGCUCCUGCUGUCCCUGGCUUUGGCUUUCAAUUCCCUGGCAUGCCAAAUGGUUUCCAAUUUCCGCCUGGGUUCAUCAUGCCCGGGACUACGCCAGCGCAGCCCCCGCCACCUGGGGCUACUUGA